UACACAAAUGGGGCUUUGAAUUAUCCUCAUAGGUACAUUUUGCUCAAGUGGGGAAUUAAUGCUUUUAAUCUUUUAAGAUUUGAACCAAUAAAACCUGCCUUGGAUCCUGGUACUGAUAUGCAUAUACACACUCACAUCUUGGAUUCAAUAUUUGCUGUAAAAUACAUGGAUAUUCUUGAUGUUGUUAAUGAUGUGUGUACUAAUCUUGACAGCAUUUUCUAUGAUAGCGUGGAUGAUGAAUCUGCUGAAUCUGUAGAGAUUGGUGAGGUCAUUUUUGAGAAGCUAGUACAGGUGGGUUCUAAACUUAAACUCCCUAUCUAUUUGGCUGAGGUGCAGAGCGGUUUUUCUAUUACUGAGUCUUUGCUUACUGAACCUGUGAAACCUCUACUUGAUAUUUCUGCUGUUAUGCCUAGUCAUUCUGAGAUUUUGGAUGCAAUUUUUGUGGUAGACCAGAUUGAAAUGCACGAUAGUAGUUAUUCUGAUUUUAAUGCACUAAUUUCUGAUAAAAUGCUUGAUGAUAUGAUGGAUGACUCUGAUUUCAGUCUGAAUGAAGCUGCAUUGUUUGAUAGUUCACUGAUGAACAUUGAUUUUGAUUUUUUUGUUUUGGCUGACAUGACUAACAUUGUCACCCACCCAUUCAAAGGAAGCUGUAGAGACAUACAACCUUGGGGAAGGCAAAAGAUGGUGUUAACACUGCCCAAAAAGCAUGGAAGUAGCAAAAUCAACAACUGUGACGGUUGCAGCAAGAUGAUUUGCAAUCUAACAGCAGCCAACAAGCCAUAGAACGGUUUGGAGCAGUAAGAAAAUGACAACAGUCACGUGCAAUCGGCAGAGAUUAUGUCAGUGUCAUGUCAAAGAGAUGUGGUACAAGAUAAGAGUGUUAGGUUAGGGACAAAUUUCGAAAAUAUAACAGAAAAAAAAAUUAUGACCCUCCGUUUAAAAAUAAUAAAUCCUCCAAAGAGAAAUUUCUACAAACUUAAAAUUUUACAUUGGUCCUCAAUCAUUUAGAACAGUUACUAGGAAUAUAUAUAUAAUUGUAAAAUGAUGUACUUGUCCCCUAACUUAGGACCAUUCCAUAAGCUUUCGUGUUGGCCCAACCUAAACAAUAUCAACAUAUUCACAUACAUUACAAUCUUUUA